AGUCUAGACGCAGGGCAAGUUUUUUCGAAAAAAGGCCAUUUAAAAAAAAAAAAUCCUAGACACACCGUAAGAGUGGAAUCAAGCCUAUAAUAAGGAAUAGUUGAAAGGUGUAGUAGAAAAGUUACAUAUAAAACUUUUAAAUUUUUGUCUGUGUGUGUGUGUUAAAGGAUUUGAUUCAACGCUUUAGAAAUGAAGGGGAAGUCUCACUUACCGGACAUUAAAGUGCUAAUUCAAGAACUGGUGAAGAAAGACACCUCAUCAAAUGUACCUGAGAUCAUUGACAAACUGUUCAGUGAAAUAGAAAAUGUGGAUAAUGAGACUGGGAAUGAGAUUCAGGAGGUUCAGAUUGAAGAAAGUGCAGUAAAUCUAUGGAAUUGGGCAGUGACUAACCGAGUAGGUUCAGUGAUCAAUGAUGAGCAAAGAGCUAAAUUGCGACAUGUUUCCUGCAGGCUAGCAUGCCUGUGUGAAAGCAGUGAUCCUCCAGAGGAGAUAGUGCGAAGGCAGAUUUUGAUGACUAUGAAGACUGGAAAAGGGUGGGUGGAUGCUGGAAGAGCUGCCCUUGCUGACGGAUUUCUUGUGAUUGCCAUAAAUAGUCUAGAAAAACUAUAUGCUCAAUUAAUGAAGAGAAGCAGCGAUGAGGCAGAUAUUCAGGUGCACAAAGCCGAUGUAGAGAAGGACCUGUUCAAAGUGCUGUCUUAUCAGGCUGAAUCAGCAGUUAUUCAAGGGUAUUUUCAGAAAGCAGUGACAUGUCUGCAACGCUGCAAAGAUAUGUUGACAAGACUGCCAAAACAGACCUGUUAUCUAUCAAUCCUCUGCUAUAACUUUGGAGUGGAAACAUAUGAACAGAAGAGGUAUGAACAGAGCUCCUUCUGGCUCAGCCAGAGCUAUGAGAUUGGGAAGAUGGAUAAAAAGUAUUCUACUGGGCAAGAAAUGCAGGCUAAAGUGCUGCGGUUAUUAGCCACUGUCUAUCUGGAGUGGGAUUGCAAACAGUACCAAGACAAAGCUCUCAGGGCUCUAACCCUGGCUAAUGAGGAGAAUAUGCAUCCAGCUGGUUUUUACUUGAAAAUUAAAAUCCUUCUGAAAAGUGAAGCUUCAGAUGAAGACAUCAAGACAGCUAUUGCUGAACUUCUGCAUCAUGAGGUGUCACUAGAUUUCUGUUUGAACACUGCUAAGCUGCUUCUGGAAUAUGAGAGGGAAUUGGUUGGUUUUGAUUUUCUGAAGUUCAUCUCAGAGCGGUUUGAGUCCUCACCUGACCUUGGAAAAAUCGUCCUGCUCCACAUCAAGUUUCUGUUACAGAGGCUGAAGGAGCCUCUUGCAAAGCAAAAAAUAGAAGGCAUAAUUGCAGGUCACUAUACAGGAAAACAGCUGUCACCUGAAACACUGAACCAGCUGCACAUCAUUCUGUGGGACAGAGCUGCCAAGAGCUAUGAGGCAAAAAGCUACUCUGAAGCCCUUCAGUGGUACAACUAUUCUCUCAGCUUCUAUUCACCUUGGCAGAUAGAUCAGAACUUGGCUAAGUUGCAGAGGAACAUGGCUUCCUGCUACUUUCAUCUGAUGCAACUUGAAAAAGCAAAAGAGGCAGUGAGGGAAGCAGAGAGGUGCGAUCCCAGCAGCAUCUUCACUCAGUUCAGUGUGUAUAAGGUUGCAGUCUUAGAGGGCAACACUGAAAAAGCGGUGGAGGCAGUUGUUGCAAUUGGGAAGUUAGCAGCAAAUCAUACUCAACUUGAAGAUAAGUUGUUAGCAGAUGGAAGUGCAGCCACCAAUCUUCUGAGUUUAGCUGCCCAGAUUGCUUUAGAGAAUGAACAGCAGGUUGUAGCUAUUAAAGCUUUGGAGUAUUUAUAUCAGCACUCACAAGAUUGCCAACAAGUGUUUACAGCUUUAAAAUGUGUGAUUCGCCUUGUGUUGUCAAAAGUCAUGGCAGAACCCAAAGAGAAUAGGAAUAACGGUAUGGACACACUUGUGGCUUACUUGACCUCAGCACAUCAGAGACUUGCUGAGCCUUUCACUGAAGGGAGCAUGACACUGGAUAUGAGGUCCAAUGAGGCUCACUGGUUUAGAAAAAUAGCUUGGAACUUGGCUGUACAGUUUGAGAACUGCCCUGGAACAAUGAGAGAUUUCUUUGUACUAUCAUUCAAGUUGUCCCAGUUUUGUCCUUCUGAUAAGGCUGUUUUGAUUGCCCAGAAGACAUGCUUGCUGUUGGCUGCUGCAAUUGAUCUGGAAAUGGGGCGAUGCAGUUUAACACUUACCGAACAGAUUGAGCUUCUGUCUCAGGCGCUUCAACACAUCCAGGCAUGCAGGGAGAUCUGGAAUGCUCUGAAGCUAACAGGAGAUUUCUCCAGAGACCCAACUGACACACUGCUGUUGCUUUAUGAAUUUGAGGCGAGAGCCAAACUCAGUGAUCCAGAAGUGGACAACCUAUUGGAGUCGGUGUGGGAACUUCCGCAAAUAGAUACUAAGACGUUGGAAACCAUUGCUGCAUUAGCAAUGGAGUCUCCUGCUCAUUAUCCCUCUGUGUGCAAGAGGGCCCUCAAGAGUGCUCUGAUCCUUCAUAGGAAACAGGAAGCCAUUGAUGCUGUGAGAAUCAGCAAAUGUCUGCACAGCUUGAUUCACCUUUCUCUGCCCACUGGAGUGAUAGACACAGAUGCUUGUGUACUGGAGGAGGUGUGGGGCUACUUUGAAGAUGCUCUGAGCAUUGUAGGAACCACAGGUGAUUACCCAGAGGUGGAGACCCUGUGGCUGAUGACCAGAGCCUGGAAUACAGGAAUAUUUCAGUACACUGUUGGUAAAUACAAGGAGGCUGAGCACUGGUGUGGGCUGGGGAUGCGCUUUCUGAAUCACCUCGGGUCCCUGAAGAGCAGCUAUGAAAGCCAGGAAUUAAGCUGUGGAGCUUGCUGCCACCAGGUAUUAUUGGACAGAGCACCCGGCAGGAUUCAAGGAAGGUUUCAGUACUUAGAUAGAGAUCUGCAUUCACAGCAAGCUUGGCUAGGUUUGUAAGGUACGUGACAAGCGUCUUCAGGGCAUGAGGUAACAGCUCUGACGGAGGAGAGACCCUCUACCUCUCCUUUCAUUGUCUAUUCGGAGGCUUUUACCCCAAGUAUAACCACUGGCAGUGACCAGACUACAGGACUAUUUUCAAUCUGACUCAUUAAUUUGCUUAACUAAAACACAACAUUAAAUAUAUGGGCUAUAACCAGUAAGCUGGUCUUCAAAAGCCACUUUAUUCCGGCAGCGCCACCUUCUGAAAGGAAAACUCCCAGGUAAGAGCUUUAAUUCAUUCCAACUAAAAUCAAAACUCAGUUUCAUUUUAUAAGUGCCUGUAAAAGUGGGUUGUGCCCACGAAAGCUCAUGAUACUAUCUACAUGUUUUGUUAGUCUAUUUGUUGUUUAAGUUUUUCCUGUUACAGACUAACUUGGCUACCCAAUGAAGCUUUUGUAAUAAAAGUAAACAUUUAGGAAAUAGCUUCUUAAAACACACUGGUUUAUGAGCUUGUAGAAGUUCCACUCAUCUGCAUGAUCUGAAGACAAGCUCUAAGGUUUUUAUAAGUUUCAAUUUAACAAGUGAAACCAUCUAUUAAAUUAGAUCAGUUAUUUGAAACAUUAAUUUCCAGCCCUUUGAUUUGUUUCACCCCUAGAUGCUAAGGCUGGGUCUGCUACUUGGUGAUGCACCAUUGAAAUAUCAGCCUCUCCCCAUCAAACUCUUUCACACAUGGAAAGCGGACACUGAAUUUCAAAAAUAGGCUUUAACUUUUAGUGAAGGCUUAACUCUAUCCCCAACAUUUUAAUGUAACAAUCAUAACUUCUACCCACCAGUAUUGUACUAAUAACACGUCUGACCAAGUUGCGUUUUAAUAAUGACCCAGCUUAGAAUCAUAGAAUCCCAGGGCUGGCAGAAACCUCAGGAGGUCGAGUCAUGCCCACAGCAGGACCAAUCCCAAUCACCCCCUCCCUAGGGAGCCCAACUCAGUACUUCACCACCCUCCUCAGGAAAUAGUUUUUCCUAAUAUCGUCAUAUGCCUGUCAGUGAAAAACUAACCACUUCCCCUCUGAGUACAUGCAGGACCAGAUGCGGCAGGAA